AUGAAAGCUCAAAACCUCUCUUGGAAACGCCAUCCAACCAUCCAGCAAGUCUACGGCAUUUUCACCUUUUUUCCUCUCUCAUACGAGCUCGUCAAGCACAGACACCCUGCUGAAAAUGAGGUUGUCUCCUCUCUCCUAGUAUGGAAGCCUGCGUCAAACCUGACCAUAGACAGAUGUUUUUCAAUCAACAUCGGGAAAAUUGCUUCACUGAUCCACGAAUUUCAUCGCGUUGUUCGUCGUAAUCGAUCUAUCUAUCCAAAUCUGUUCAUAUCUAUCUAUCUAUCUAUCUAUCUAUCUAUCUAUCUAUCUAUCUAUCUAUCUAUCACUGUCUGUUCACUAUCUAUCUAUCUAUCUAUCUAUCUAUCUAUCUAUCAGAUUAUGUUUUCUUGUCCAAUCUAUCUUGCUUUGGCCUCGUCAUUUUAUCUUGCCCUGGUCCCGUCAACUUAUCUUUCACAAGUUAUCUUGCUCUGGCCCUGUCAGAUUAUCUUGUCCAAGCUAUCUUGCCCUGACUCCGUCAAACUAUUUAGCUCAGGCUGUCUUGUCCUGGAUACCUUGCCCUGGCUCCGUCAGGGAUAUCAUGUCCAGGAAAAGACCACUGAUAAUGCGACUGUAUGUGGUGUCCCUACGACCCUAGCGUGUCUGUGA